AUGAAGCAACCUGCAUCAAAGCCAUGGAGGCCUUUCACAGCAAAUUGCUGCUCAACUGAGGACCAAACUAUCUUUAGUAACUUCAGCAGGUGCAAGCCCUCAAAAUCAGAUUUUUCUAAGAACAUUGCACCUUUACCAUCAUUUAGGAGGCUCUCUUUCUCUGAUCUUAGCCGUUCCUCGUCCACACGAAUCAAUGAAGAUCUUGCACAGUCUUUUGGUUCUGAUUUGUUUGAUUUUCAGCUGAGUGAGCUGCGUGCCAUUACUCAGAAUUUCUCGAGCAAUUUCUUGCUGGGUGAAGGUGGGUUUGGAAAAGUGCAUAAGGGUUAUAUAGAUGACAACUUGAAGCAGGGUUUGAAGGCACAACCUGUUGCUGUCAAGCUUUUGGACAUUGAAGGCUUUCAAGGACAUCGUGAAUGGCUUGCAGAAGUGGUUUUUCUUGGGCAGCUAAGACACCCCAAUUUGGUUAAGUUGAUUGGAUAUUGUUGUGAAGAUGAAGAACGGCUACUUGUCUAUGAAUUCAUGCCACGUGGAAGCUUGGAGAAUCACAUGUUCAGAAGGCUAACAUCACUUCCAUGGGCAACAAGAUUAAAAAUCGCAAUAGGUGCUGCUAAAGGCCUUUCCUUCUUGCAUGGAGCUGAGAAACCAGUCAUUUAUAGAGACUUCAAGACUUCCAAUGUCUUGCUUGAUUCAGACUUCACAGCAAAAUUGUCAGAUUUUGGACUUGCAAAAAUGGGGCCAGAGGGAUCGAACACACACGUUUCAACAAGAGUUAUGGGCACCUAUGGAUAUGCAGCCCCAGAAUACAUCUCAACAGGGCACUUAACCACCAAAAGUGAUGUCUACAGCUUCGGGGUUGUCCUGCUAGAACUACUUAUAGGAAGGAGAGCAAUGGAUAAGACAAGACCAAAGAGUGAGCAAAACCUUGUGGAUUGGUCAAAACCUUACUUGAGUAGCAGUAGGAGGUUGCGGUACAUUAUGGAUCCAAGGCUUGCAGGCCAAUAUUCUGUGAAGGGUGCAAAGGAAAUGGCCCAUUUGGCAUCCCAAUGCAUAAGUUUGAAUCCUAAAGACAGACCAAGAAUGCCAACUAUUGUUGAAACUCUUGAAAGCCUACAACAGUUCAAGGACAUGGCAGUUACCAGUGGACACUGGCCAGCCGCAUCACCAAAACCUACUAGAAAUGGUGCUUCCAACAAUAAGGUAAAAACCAGAGCCAGUGCAUACCACAAGCAACCCUCCCCUACAGUUCCGAGUAGGAAAACUUGAUUUGCUACCAAUUAUAAAGAGUGCUUUUUAAUUAAGUGUAAAGUAUCACAUGUGGUAUGGCUACAGACUGACUAUU